GUUGGACAUGAAGUUCUCCCAAAUCCACUGUGCACUGGCCCUGCUGAGUCUGGCCCUGGCCAUUUGCAGCCAAGGAGCCGCCUCGCAGCCAGACCUGGACCUCCGCAGCCGCCGACUCCUUCAGAGGGCCCGUGCCGCUAGUAUUGCCACACAGGAGUGGAGUAAGCGAGUGAUGGAGGACAUUCUAUCCGAACUGUCCUUGCCUGAGGUGGAGGCCCAGAAAAGUGAGGGGUCCACGGCUGAGGCCAAAGAGGACCUGGAGCGCUCAGUGGACAACCUUCCCCCCCGCGAGCGCAAAGCUGGCUGCAAGAACUUCUACUGGAAGGGCUUCACUUCUUGCUAAGGGAAGAAAAGCCUGACCACCUUAUGACACGAUGCUGCCAAUCACAUCCCACCGCCAACCUUCAUCUGACUAAUGUAGCCAAUCAGCAGUUAGCUGUGCCUGAUGACAAUUAUGAUUAUGAUGUACCUGUCUAAUUGAUGAAAUAAAGAGAAAUAAAGAGAAAAU